AUGUGUGUUUGUGAACAGAUUCCACUUCCAUAUGAUGUUGACAAACGGUCAUUUACUCAUUUUACCAUCUGGAUCCCUGUCCUUCAGUUCAUCUUUCUAUUUUCUUCACUACUCUGCUGUUUAUUCUCUGUACACAGCAAAAUGUUUCUCAAGACUAACUGGCCCACAUUCAGAGCAUCGGUAAGGAAUGCCCUAGGUUUCCUCUGGUCCGCCUAUUCUACUCCGACCCCAAAAAGUGGCAAACACUUAUUUACCCUCCUGCUGCUUUGUUUGGGCAUCUCCGCAAGCACUGGUGCUUUACUCUUCCACUGGCUAAAUGGGCUGUUAAGGUACCACCCACAGACUGCGGGCAUCGCCACAGGAAUCUACACGAUAGCCAUCUUGAUCUUUACAUUUCUCGUACAUCCUUUUCGUUGUGCAUUCACACUGAUGUUUCCAACACUAGGGACACAACAGGGGCGCAAACUCGUUCUCUCCUUAUGUGUAAUAAUCGUGCUGAUUUAUGUUCUGCCGAACAUUGCCACUAACAUAGCUGAACUUACACACCUUGUGAAGUGUACGUCAGAGAACGUCGCUCACAGUGUCCUAAAUUCUUCGGCAUUAAGCAACAUUAUAAAGAGCGAUUUGGUUUCUAAAGUUAAAAAUAUUAGGGAUUUGGCUUUUACGACAUUUGGGGAGACACUAACUAGUUUUGACCACAGCACAGACAUUGACGUGACUGGUCUAAGAGAAAAUCUAAAAAAGUUAAGCAAACAUGUCGGGCAGGAUUUUUCCAAAGCCAUACAUCAACUAGAGGAACUGAAAAUCCUUUUAAGCAGAAUAUUUGCUGCUGGUUUAGUGAUCUACCUUUUUAUGGAUUCAGCCAUUUACCUGAAAUCAUACCUGACAUUGAUGAGAUUUGAUAAUGUCUACAUUACAGGGCUGCUCAAAACAAAUGCAUGUAAAAGAGGAAUCGAAGUAGAGGCGAAGGAUGUAAAAAAUGGAGUGAAUGUCACCAGCUUUAAAAUGUCGAAAAGAGAACUCUUUAAGUGUUUACUUCCUGUUCUCAUGAUCACAUUGUACCUGAUGAUGACAGUCAUGCUUCUAGUACUUGACCACAUAGUGCAUUAUGCUGUGGUAACAGGCGGGCAUGGACUUUUGGACAUUCCACCAACUGACAUUUCCUUGGACAUUCAUUUUAAGGUUUAUUAUAAGCAUAACACCUGUGCUAUAUUUGGCUGCGGACCCUCUGAAGUGGUGAACUUUGCCAGAAUGUACAAUGCCACCAUUAGUUCUGAUGUGAAUCAGUGCAAGACCAGACCAAGCCAGCUGAAUGCAGGUGUGAUCCUCGCGCUGCUUCUGCUCUACUUCCUGAGUUACUGUCUCGCUUUCCUGGAGGUCUAUGCUCGACGCCUUCGCAGGAAAGUGGCUGCUUCCUUUUUCCAGCCACAAGAGGAGAAAAGAAUCACAUUUCUUCUUAAUCAAAUUAUGACCAAGAAAAAGAAAAAACAAGCGAAACAGGCGGAACUUGAAAGUAAUGAGAACAAGAAGCAGGAAAAUGAUAAAAGAGUAUUAAGGCUUUUGCCUCUUGCUAGAUUAACUGCAUGCUUCCCAGCAAGAAAAGACAAUGCAGUCAAGCAUACUGAUGAAAACCAGAAGCCAGAUCCCUAAUUUUACUGGUUGAGACUAAUAAGUAGCAAUUAACAUAUAUGAACAUUUGACUGUUAUGUUAAGUUAUUAUGUUAAGUACAGCACAGCGAUGCAGAGAGUAACAUAGCAGCUUCACAGCAAAGUUACAGGUACUUAAGUUCUAUUCAUUGCAUGGUUUUUCUGUCUAUGUGGGUUUUUCCAAGUUUUAUAGUUUCCUCCUAAUCCCCAAAAGAUGUGGUUGGGGAAACUGGUUAAAAAAGAUGAAAGUGAGCAACUUUUGAAAAGAAAAGAAAACAAAACAGUAUUAUACUGUAUACCAAUGUUAGUAAUUUAUAUUCAUUUUUAUGACUUUGUAUUCAUAUCACAUUAUAUUUAAUACCAACCAAUUUAUGAUAAGAAUUGUAACAUAAUAUUGUUUAUCCUACAAUUUCCAUAUACAGGACCUAUAGAACAAGGCAAGAAUGAUAUACCACUAAAUGUCCACUUGAUGUCAGUAGUUUAACAGAUUUAAACUUCCUGGCAGUGCAUGCUUAAUGGAAUUUUUGUGGCAAAGUAUUAUUAUUAUUAUUAUUUUUCCCUGUGUGUUUGUAAAGUGUGUGUGCAUUUAGAUAUAUGCAUACUAUAUGUAAAUAAGUUUACAUGUAAAUAUGUGUACUGUAUGUGUAUGUGUGUGCUGCAACAGUCAAGAGACUCAGCCUGCAUGGAAGUCCUUUAAAAAAAAAAACAAGAAAUAAACUGCUGGAUAAUAAUGAAAAAAGAAAAAUGAAAAUUUACUUCCAAUCAUUUACAGUACCAGUCAAAGGUUUUUUAAUUAGUUUUGAUUUAUUUUUUACGGUACGUUCUAAAACAAUACUGGAUUCUAUUCAAAAUUAUAAAAUAACACCUUUGGAAUUAGGUAAUUAAGUAUCAACAACAACAACCACAGUCAGUUGUUAUUUUAGGACAUCUGAAACAAAAAGCUAAAAAAACAUCUAAUUAGGAGGUGUUUCCUUUUUACUGGUAGUGUAAAUAUUUGUCUUAUUAAUUUAAGGGGAAUCAGCAAUGCUACUUUAAUGAACAUACUUUGAUUAGGAAUUGAUUUAGUCAGAGGAGGCCCUAUCUAAGGUAAACUAUUGUAGGGCACAAGCGCACACGCGCACACACACUUACAUCCUGUGUAAUUUGGAAAUUCCAAUUAGCCUAAUCUACAUGUGUAUGAACUGCAGAAGGAAGCUGGAGUACCCAGAGAUUUCCUCACAUUCACACACACACGAAAGUAGAACUCGAAUCCUGCAGGAGGUAGCCAUAGUGCUAACCACUACUCCAUUGUCCAACGCCAGUUGUACAAACCGACAUACAAUUUUGUAUCCUUUAACACAGGCCUGAAUCUUAUUAUUAGUCAUAUUUUAUAAAUUAAGUCUCAGACUGCUGAUUACUGUCAUUGUGAUCCCGUGAAAGAGAGCCUGGGCUUUUGUAAAGAACUGUACCUGUUCAUAUGCUGCAAAA